AUCGUACAACGCUGAUAAUUUAGCGAAGACAAAACUUUAUUUUGGAUCAGAAAAUGAAUACAUGGAGGAACACUCCGGUUAACAACAAACACCAGUUUCAUUUGUGCCUUUAUAUCAAUGCCAAACAUAGGUCAUGGCCAUGACUUACUUACACCACAUCAAAAACACACAGCACCACACGAGACAGUGCUUCCGUGCUUGAGAUCGUCCUCUGGCCGGUAGCUGGUAGCUAGGACCCAGUCUGGGCUUCACCUCUGCCGUUGGGCAGCGGUCCCGUCGUCCCGUCGUCCCGUCGGACGGCCGCGAGCUGCGCCGCCGACCGACGGAGGGGCGUCGAGCCGCAGUCGACCCGCAGUGCUGUGCCGUGUCGGGGCGGUGACCCGUGCAGAGGACCGAGGAGUGCGAUUGGAGCGGAUAAGAGAACGGGAGCAGAGCGUGGCGCCACCAAAGGACAUGGUGGCCGCGCGGGCGACGGCUCCUCUGCUGAUGCUGGCGAUGAUGCCGGUGGCCGUCGUGCCCGAGGUCCUGUUGGCCCUCUCCCCGGCGGCCACUGCCGAACAAGGUGCAGAAGAUGACGCCUCGCCGGGACUCAGUCGACCAAAAGGAAUGGAUUCCCUGGGUCCACUGGAGUUCAGCGAUAUCUUCCCAGGCAACAAGUAUCUCUACGACAAAAUGAGGCCUCCGAAAUAUAAAGGGAAGGCUACACAGGUCUACUUCCAUGUAACCGUGAUGAGUUUGGACUCCAUCGACGAAGGAUCCAUGACGUACGCUGCCGACAUCUUCUUUGCGCAGAGCUGGCGAGAUGAACGGCUCAGGUUCAACCAGAAGAUGCAAAACCAAACCGGAUACUACAGGCUUUUACCAGUUCACUGGCUCAAGGAAAUCUGGCAUCCAGACUCCUACUUCAAAAAUGCCAAGCAGGUCACCUUUCAAGAGAUGACUAUACCAAAUCAUUAUGUGUGGCUUUACAACGAUAAUAGCAUCCUCUAUAUGGUCAAGCUAACGCUGGUGCUCUCCUGCGCUAUGAACUUUCACUACUACCCCCACGACAUGCAGCAGUGCUCGAUGAAAAUUGAAAGCUUGUCUCACACCACCGACGACCUGGUGUUCCUGUGGGACCCUAACGUGCCGCUGGAGGUGGAUCCGAUCGAACUGCCGCAGCUGGAUCUAGUCUCCAACAUCACCGGCGACUGCACCCACAUCUACGCCACCGGAAGUUUUACCUGCGUGGAGGUCGUCUUCACCUUCCGCCGCCGCCUGGGCUACUACCUCUUCCACACGUACAUCCCGACGUGUCUGAUCGUCAUCAUGUCUUGGAUCUCGUUCUGGAUCCGGCCGGAGGCUGUGCCGGCCCGUGUCACCUUGGGAGUGACCUCUCUGCUCACGCUCUCAACGCAGCACGCCAAUUCACAGAAGUCUCUGCCGCCCGUGUCUUACAUCAAGGCGGUGGACGUGUUCAUGAACGCGUGCACUGUGUUCGUGUUCCUCUCGCUGAUGGAGUACGCCAUGGUGAACGUCAUCAUGGGUGACCUGGUGGACGCUGACGAGUCCCUGGUGCGGCGCAGCAUCCGUUCGGUGCGACGGAGACUGACAGUGCGCCGGCGCCGCGCGCCCGGCGGCAUCAAGACGGAUGGCGAGGGCCUGCCGAUGAGCGACGGGCCACGCGACGCCGCCUCCCUGCACAACGGGGCCAUCUUUUCGGCGGCGCUGCCGCAGCCGUCGGCGUUUCUGCGCGACACGUCACAGGAGCAGCGGCACCGGGCCAUCCUGGUGGACCGGUUCUCGCGCGUGUUCUUCCCUUUGUCGUUUGUGGUACUGAACACCGUGUACUGGGUGGUGUUCUAUUUCAAUGGACCGCAGCAGGUCUGAUACAGUGCGGAACAGAACAGGCGAAGGGGUGACGUGAGGAGCCGACAGGACGGUCGAGAGAAACGAUAUGCUCGUGAUGUGUCGUGAAAUGUUGGAAAAGGACACCGCCGGUGGACCUACAUAAUUGAGUGAGAUAUAGACAAGGAGCGCUGCGUUGUCUGUGUCGAACGGCAUAGGUUGGCGACGUGCAGUGCAAUGAAUUAUACGACAGUGGGGAGCUGGGAAGCCUGGGUGCAGCGGCAUCCUGGGCUUUGAAGACAUGCUUGAAAUGGUGCGCUCAUUUCGCGAAGUGUUACUAUUUUUAGUGAAGUGCAAAGUUCGUUAUCUCACAUGCCCGAUUAUAGGAUGAGUGCGUAAAACACAUCCUUAUAUGGAAUGUUGAAUAUGGUAAUGAGAAGAAACACAUUCCUCCUCCGCUUUAAAAUAUUGUUGACAUGCAAGCACUGACAUGUAGUUCUUUUUAGUAGCAACAUCUCUAACAUCUACCUCUAUUUGUAGCUAGUCAUGCUACUGCUUAUGCUGUCUCGUGGAAUGGUGGUGACUUUAACCCGCGCACCGACGGGGGUCUGCGCCAACUUAGUACCGA